UAGAUAAAUCACCACUUAACGUUUAUUAAAUACCUUAUCGCGUUGAAAUAAAGCAUACAUCUCGUUUUAAUCAUUUGAGCAAAUUCUGAUUUACUUUUAAUAACCAGACGGCAGAAUCCUUGAUAGAGGGUUUGUGAAAGGUCACUAGUUACUGUCCAAGUUCCAGUGGAGUCUUAAUUAUAGCAAUUUUACAGAAAAAAACUCUUAGCCGGCUUAGCAUUUUUUGGAUAGAUCUUGCAAACAUUCAAUGAAAAUGGUUGUGUACAGCGGUGAUGAAACAUUGGAUAGAGCUCUUGAAAGGUGGCUGAAUAUUGACAUGUGCAAAGCAACUCGCAGUGAAGUAUUGGAAGAUAUAGAGGCCGGACGAUGGGAUAAACUGAAGAAGACAAUGCUGAGUCGACAGAAGUUUGGGACGGCAGGGCUUAGAGGAAGAAUGGGAGCCGGGUACAUGUGUAUGAAUGAUGUGGUUGUACUGCAGACGGCCCAGGGUAUAUGUUCUUACAUACAGAAGAUAUGUAAUUUCGAGCAAAUUCAAAGCGGUGUUGUCAUCGGUUACGAUGGAAGAUACAACAGCCGGCGGUUCGCUGAGCUCACGGCUAAGGUAUUCGUGACUUCUUCAAUACCAGUCCAUCUGUUCUCCGAAGUCUGUCCGACUCCUCUCGUGUCAUACGCGACAAUAUCUUACGGCGCUGCUGUCGGGAUCAUGGUGACAGCCUCCCACAAUCCCAAAGACGAUAACGGUUACAAAGUUUACUGGAGCAAUGGAUCGCAGAUAAUAGCUCCACACGAUGAGAACAUUCUAGAUGAAAUAUAUAGCUGCUUGGACAUACCACUGGAGCAUUGGAACACGGACGACGUGACCGGCCAUGAGCUGGUGAAGGACUGUACGGAAGACGUCACACACAAAUACAUGGAGUACAUCCAGUCGUGCUUACACGAGGAGGUCUUGGAACAGAACCGGCUGGCGAAGAUAAGCACCGUGUACAGCGCCAUGCACGGCGUCGGGUACGAGUACGUCGUCAAGGCAUUCCGAGCUGCUAAUUUGCAGACCCCUAUCAGCGUUAUAGAGCAACAGUCCCCAAACCCUGAGUUCCCCACGGUGAAGUUCCCCAAUCCCGAAGAGAAGGAGUGUCUGGAUCUCAGCAAGAAAUUGGCUGAAGAGAGAGGGAUCGACCUGGUCCUGGUCAACGAUCCCGACGCCGAUAGACUGGCCGUAGCUGAAUACGAUAAGGAAGCAAAAUCCUGGAAAGUGUUCACCGGGAACGAGAUGGGAUCGUUGCUGGGGUGGUGGAUCUUAAAUCAACACUGUUCCCACAACACCGUCGACGAGGAGGUCUACUUGCUGGCGAGCUUCGUCAGCUCCAAGAUGUUGCGAGCCAUCGCCAAAGGAAAGGGACAGUUGGUUGAAACGCUCACUGGCUUCAAGUGGAUGGGCAACGCCACUCUUCUUCUCCAGCAACAAGGAAAAGUACCAUUGUUUGCUUUCGAAGAAGCGAUCGGAUACAUGUGCAAUCCUCGAGUCCCCGACAAGGACGGAGUCUCCGCCGCUGUCCAAGUGGCGUCCCUGGCGUCGAAGCUUUACGCCAACGGAUCUUCGCUGGUCGACCAGCUACAGGCGCUGUACAGAGACUAUGGCUACCACAUAUCGCUGAAUUCAUACUUCACCGUCAAGGAUCAGAACAUUGUUCAGAAGAUAUUCAGACGGAUCAGGAACUUCCACGGGCCCGGGGAGUACCCGAGGGUAGUCGGUCCAUGCGAGGUGACUUUUAUGAAUGACUUUGCCGCCGGCGUCAAAAUACCGGAGGACAAUAACAAAGACGCCCAUCUCAAGGUGCUGGGCACGGGUCUGGACCAGGACUACACGAGCGGCGAGAUGAUCACGUUUUCGUGCAGCUCGGGGCUGGCCGUGACCGUUCGCACCAGCGGCACCGAGCCCAAGCUUAAAUACUACACGGAGUUCGUGUGCCGCGCGCCCACCGUCCGGGAGCAAGAGGAAAAGAAAAUUAUAAUGGAGGAGAUGGUGAAGGAGUUUAUUGAGGACCUACUGCAACCCGAGGCCAACGGGCUGGUCGCCUGAACACAUUCCUAGCAUAGCUAACAUUGUCCUACGCCGCCAACAUUACCAUAUUUAUUCAACCAAAGUUGUUAUACUCUGUGAUAAUCGUUCCCGUUGAACGCGAGUUGUUUUUAAUUUAUUUUGUGAUAUUUUAAUCAUAAUUCCUGGACGUAUCUUUCGUCGGUAACUUCCAGUUCCGCACAUACUUAUCGUUUUAUAUAUAUACAGUCAUCUCAAUGUGUCAAAUCAGAUUUCAAGACUGUAAGGUUAGUCUGACGAACCUACAAGUCUGAGACUCGUGUCGUAUAUUUUUUUUAUAACAAUGUCGUUACCAUAUUUAUUCUGUACUAUAGACGCCAUAUAAAACACCAUUUAGCAAUAAACGCAUCAAGCGACUCGUA